AUGGUGGUUUCUGUUUCCAGGGACAGGCCAUGGCCUGAGGUGCCCUCGGGCAACAAAGACUUUACCCAAGCGGCAGUCGUAAUCAUAGGCGCUGGCAUCUCCGCAGGCAUGUGCAUGGCCAUCGACCUCAUCAAGCGGAACAAGUGCCACAACUUCGUCAUUGUCGAGAAGAGCAGCGGAGUUGGCGGGACCUGGCAUGACAACAAAUACCCUGGUUGCUGUUGCGAUGUCUGGAGUAUGCUGUAUAGCUACUCCUUUGAGCAGAACCCGGACUGGACAAGGGAGUAUCCGGGGCAGGAAGAGAUAUUGGCGUACCUGCAAGCUGUUGCAGAGAAGUAUGGCCUCUACAAGUACAUCCGCUUCAACACCGCUGUUGAGGAAGCGCGUUGGGACGACGCCGAGCAGAAGUGGAAGGUUGACGUCAAGGUCAUCGGAGCGAAGGAUAGCGAAUUUUCGCCAGCAUAUACUAUCACCUCGGACUAUCUCGUCUCGGCGGUUGGGCAGCUUAACUCGCCCAAGUAUCCCCAGAUACCUGGACUGGACACAUUUAAGGGAAAGAAGAUGCACUCAGCCAGAUGGGACUGGAGCUAUGGGCUGGAAGGGAAGAAGAUUGCUGUCAUCGGCAAUGGUGCAACAGCAGCGCAAAUCAUUCCCGAAGUCGUGAAAGUAGCAUCGCGCACAACGGUAUACCAGCGGUCCCCCAACUGGGUGAUUCCGCGCGCCGACGCCCCGAACUCCGCUCUCAAGCGUGCCGUCUUCAAAUACCUGCCUCCAGUUCGCUGGCGCGUGCGUGCUAUGCAGAUGGACUUCCGCGAGAGCUUCUUCGAUGCCGUAACAGACAAGGACUCGAAAUUUGCGCAGGACAUCCGCGACUGGUGCAUCGGGCAGAUGCACGCCGCAUUGCCCAACCAGCCCGAGCUAUGGGCGAAGCUAACCCCCGACUACAGUCCCGGCUGCAAGCGCGUCAUCAUCUCCGACGACUACUACCCCGCGCUCGCUCUGCCCAAUGUGAGGCUCGAGACGCGGGCGAUCUCACAGAUCACCGAGAGCGGGAUCGAGGUCGAGGGCGGCGACGCCGAGGACUACGACCUCAUCGUUCUAGCCACGGGCUUCCGCACCGUCGAGUUUAUGCACCCGAUCAACAUUGUCGGCGCAAACGGCCGCUCGAUCAAGGAUAUCUGGAAAGGCGGCGCAAGGGCGCUCUACGGCACCACGGUCGAGGACCUGCCUAAUUUCGGCAUGUUCUACGGCCCGAACACGAAUCUGGGGCACAAUAGCAUUAUUCUGAUGAUCGAGGCGCAGAGCCGCUAUCUCAACGCUAUGGUGAGGGCGGUGCUGGACGCGAAGCGGCAGGGAAAGAAGUUGGCGCUGAAGCCGAGGCCCGAGCGCGUCAAAGAGUACAACGAUGAGGUGCAAGAGAUAUUGGACAAGUCCUCGUUCGCGGAUCCUAGCUGCAACAGCUGGUACAAAAACGAGGAGGGCAGGAUUACGAAUAACUGGUCCGGCACUGUCAUUGAGUAUCAGGACAUGCUGAGCAAAGUUAACUGGGAUGACUACAUAGCGGAGGGUAGCGGUGCUGAGAUGGUGAAGGGGAAGGGCGAGACGAAGCUGGGAAGGGUUCAGGAGGAGACGUCGGUCAGCAACAUGACCUUGGCGUUAGGUGCUCUGAGUGCUCUGGCAGUAGGUGUGGGUUAUUUUGCGAGGGGAUCACGUCUGCUGAGGGCGCGCUAG